AGCCGGGCCGCAGUCAUGAGUCGCUUCAAGUUUGUGGAUAUUGGUAUCAACUUGACAGAUCCUAUGUUCAGAGGAAUUUAUAGGGGAGUUCAGAAGCAUCAAGACGACUUACAAGAUGUAAUAGAAAGAGCUGUCCAGAUUGGUGUUAAAAAGUUUAUGAUCACAGGUGGAAAUCUGCAGGACAGUAAAGAGGCACUGCAUUUGGCACAAACAAAUGAUAUGUUUUUCAGUACAGUUGGAUGUCAUCCUACAAGAUGUGAUGAAUUUGAAAAGAAUGACCCUGAUCUUUACCUAAUGGAGUUGUUAAAUCUCGCUGAAAACAAUAAGGGGAAAGUUGUAGCAAUAGGGGAGUGUGGACUUGAUUUUGACCGACUACAGUUCUGUCCCAGAGAUACUCAGCUCAAAUAUUUUGAAAAACAGUUUGAACUGGCAGAACAAACAAAAUUACCAAUGUUUCUUCACUGUCGGAACGCACAUGCUGAAUUUUUGGACAUAAUGAAAAGAAACAGAGAUCGGUGUGUAGGUGGAGUGGUGCAUUCGUUUGAUGGUACCAAGGAAGCAGCAGCUGCCUUGAUGGACUUGGAUCUCUAUAUAGGAUUUAAUGGUUGCUCACUGAAAACUGAGGCUAAUUUGGAAGUUUUGAAGUCAAUACCUAGUGAAAAAUUAAUGAUUGAAACUGAUGCACCUUGGUGUGGAGUGAAAAGUACACAUGCUGGGUCAAAAUAUGUAAAAACUUCGUUUCCUACCAAAAAGAAGUGGGAAAAUGGGCACUGUGUGAAAGACAGGAAUGAACCCUGCCAUAUAAUUCAAAUACUGGAGAUAAUGUCAGCAGUGAGAGAGCAGGAUCCACUGGAAUUAGCCAAUACACUAUAUAACAACACCAUUAAAAUCUUUUUUCCUGACAUGUAA